CUGGGUGGUUAUUCGAGUCGAUUCGAUCCGAUUCGAGUCGAUUCGAGUCGAUUCGAGCCGAUUCGAGCCGAUUCGAGUCGAUUCGAGCCGAUUCGAGCCGAUUCGAGCCGAUUCGAAUCGAUUCGAAUCGAUUCGAAUCGAUUCGAAUCGAUUCGAAUCGAUGAAAAAUUGGGGUUUUCGCCUUCACAGUUACUUCUGGGUGGUUAUUCGAGUCGAUUCGAUCCGAUUCGAGUCGAUUCGAGUCGAUUCGAGCCGAUUCGAGCCGAUUCGAGUCGAUUCGAGCCGAUUCGAGCCGAUUCGAAUCGAUUCGAAUCGAUUCGAAUCGAUUCGAAUCGAUUCGAAUCGAUGAAAAAUUGGGGUUUUCGCCUUCACAGUUACUUCUGGGUGGUUAUUCGAGUCGAUUCGAUCCGAUUCGAGUCGAUUCGAGUCGAUUCGAGUCGAUUCGAGCCGAUUCGAGUCGAUUCGAGCCGAUUCGAAUCGAUUCGAAUCGAUUCGAAUCGAUGA